AUGUUAAGGAAUACGCCGAUAGAUAAUUUUUAUAGAAGUCAUAAAUUUAGAGAUUCCUUUGAAAAAAGUAACAAAUUUUAUGAUACAAGCCAACCGAAAGAUUUGAAUAAUGAGGUGAAAGAAAAAGAAAAUAAAAUUCGAGAUAGAAAAGAAAAAAAAAAAAAAAAUUAUUCAUGGUUUAAUAAUUCAUUUAAUAAAAAUAAUAUAAAUAUUGAUAAUGAUAAUAAUUAUAAUAAUAUUAUGAAUAUAAAGAAUAGAUAUGAUGAUGACUAUCCCUUUAGGAUUUAUAAAAAUAUAAAUAAUAAUAAGAUUACAAAUAUGGAUCAAUAUAAAUAUGAAAAAAGGUAUACAUCUAAGGAUAGAAAAAUGAGUAAUUUCAAAAAUAAUCGUAUUAAAACAUAUAAAAAUACUUAUAAUAAUAUAAUAAAUUUUAUAAAAGAAAAUAAGAAUGAUAUGAAAAAAGUUCGUUAUUUUUUAUUUUUGAGAGCAUAUGAAAAUUCCGAAUUAUUUCAUAUAAAGAAAGAAAAUAAAAAAGAAAAACAUAAUUUAAGAAAAAAUAAUAAAUGUAUAGAUAUUAAAGAUGCAAAAGAAAGACAACGAUUAAAAUUAUUGAAAAUAUUAAAAAGUUAUCAUAUAAAAUAUGAAGGAUAUACAGAUUUAUAUACAUUAUGUAAUUAUUCAAUAUAUUAUGAAGAUAAAAAAUUAUUAGAUGAAUUAUUAAAUAAACAAAAUUGUAAUAAUUUCUUUUAUUAUUUAGUUAGUAUAGGUAUAUCAUAUAAUGAUAUUAUACAUAUGGCUAGUGUAUUCGAAAAUAUAGAAUAUUUAAAAUAUGGUAAUUUAUAUAUGCUUCCAUGGAUAUAUAAAAAAUUAAAUAAAUUUUAUAAUUUUGAUGUUACUACAUUUAUAUUACAUUGUAUUAUAUAUUCUAUAUCAACAUUAAAUUCAUCUCUUUUUUUAUUUAUUAAAUAUAAAACAUUUGUUAUUAUAUUACCAUUAUUUAUAACAUAUCUUAUAUUAUCUACACCUCUAGUAUUACAAGAAAUUAAUUCUGGACGUUUUGUAUUAGAUGGAUGUAUUUCAUUCUUCUGGUCUAUAAAUAAUUAUCAUUUGCCUAUAGGAAUAAUAUUAAUUAUAUCAUAUAUUCUAUCUAUAAUAAAAGCUAUAGAUUUUAUAUCACUACAUCUUCUAUACCUUUCUACCUUUCUAUUACAAAACACCCCUUGGAUAUAUAAAAAUAUAGAUUCUAAAAUAUGUUCUAAAUUUAAUGGCAGCAAAAAUAUAUGUGACUUCUCUAGGAAUAUAUGUUACUAUAAUGAUCAAACGAAUAUAUGUGAAAUAAAUAAGAUAAAACUGGGAACCAAAAUUUAUGAUAUGCUCCUUAACAGAUAUAUCCCCCCCAAGAGUGAAAAAUUCCAAAUAACCGUUAUUCUCGCUUCCUUCCUUUCUUUAUUUCUUUAUAAUGCUGUUUCAAAAUAUAAGACAUCUCAUAAAUUUCUUAAAAUAUUUCUCUUCCUUUUAAUAUUCCUUUUUUUGAUGCAUAUAUUAGCCGUUCGUGAUUUUACCCUUUUCCAAUUUCUACUCGCAGAUUUUAAUUUUCAUAAAAUUGGAAAUAUUAUUUUAAACUAUGAAGUCUGGAUAUUGUGUAUGCUACACUGUAUUGUCAAUUUGUCCAUACAUUCGGGAUUAUAUUUCUACACCUCCAAAGGGUUAAGACUGGGAAUAAAUGUUGUUAAAUCGACAUAUAUCAUUACAACAUCAUGUUUCCUUGUUGAUAUGUUAAUUUUCGUUUCUUUUUCAAAUAUUAUUGGAAAAUAUUUAAAAGACAUUAAUAGAAAUUAUAGCUUUUUAUUAAAAUUAAUAAAAAAGAAUAUAUUUUAUAUAUUAAUCCCAGUUGGAAAUAAUAUAUAUAAUAAAUUUACAUUAUUCUUAGGUAUAUAUGUUGGCAUAAUAUUUUUAACCUUUCUUUUAUUAUCAGCAUCUAAAAGAAUAGAUAUAUUAUUUUUAUCAAUAAAUGAUAUGUACCCUUUAAAUUCAAAGAAACAUAUAGCUAUAGCAUGGAUUCUCAUUUUUUUUAUAUAUAUGAAUUAUAGAUUUCUUGAUAAUGAAUUAAGAUAUAUGUUAAGUCAAUAUGUAUAUCAAUUAAUUACAUUAUUAAUUUUAUUUUAUAUUAAUUUUAAUUUCUUCUGGUUAAGUGGAAUAAAAGAAACUGUAAACAAACUAGGACUGCAGCCAUUAAUCUGUAAAUUUGUAUUUACAUUCAUAAGUGAAUUUUCUUUAAUAUAUCUAGAAAUUGUAUGUAAUGUGAAAUAUAGAAUUUUUUUUUUUUUUCUAAGACAGUUUAUAAAUAUAUUAAUUAUACCUGUACUUUCUAUACUUAUAUGUACCUACAUAUCUAAUAUUAGAAAAAAGAAGAAAACCAAAGUAGGAAAGGGAAUAAAAUAUAUAUUG